GACCUAGGACGCACAUGGCUUUAUCGAUAAGCAACCAGCCGGGUCUCUCGCCUCCCCCCUCCGUUAGCUCUAGGUCACAGUGAACACCUGGUCUAGUCUUAUGGAGAUCGGCUUUCUACUGUGACCGACCCAGACGUGUAAGCUGGCAUCACGGGGGCCGUCGAACCGUCUAGUUUGGCUCUCCCCUCGCCCGUCUCGUCUCCCCUCUUCCCUCCGCAUCGGUCCUCUCCCCUCACCACUAACGCCCGCACCUACACCUACACGGCGCGUGGAUUCGCCUCUAGGCUCAGAGCUGGAGGCCUAGAGCCCGACAAGCACACCCCGACCGAGUCUCGGACCUACCAGGAGGAGAGGGAGAAAGAAAAGGCAUGAGUUUAAGCGCUUCGUUGCUUUCCAGGCUGAGACCCGGUGAGGGCAAAAUGACUUCCCUCCUGCCUCUACAUACUUCUCCGCCACCUCGCGCGUCCGAAGAGCACGACCUCGACGAUCUCUCCCCGCGCCCCGACGAUGCACUUCUCUCCCCUAAAUUCCCUAGCAGCUUCCCUCGUCGGAACAAGGUGUCUGGAGCUCCAGAUAAGCUGGACGUCAACGCCAGAGACCCGGACCACAAGCCUCUGCGCUCAAAGGGGAAAGGCAAAGCUAUCGCCUUUGCCUACCAGGAGCCGACUCGUUGGCGUUCUCGGGCCCCAGAUACCCCUGAUGAUGACAGUAUAGCGUCGGAUAAUACCAAGAACAAGCCAAGGGUCCCCCCCGGCAUCUGGCGACCCUCUAUCCAUACCGAGCAGCGAGGCUACGGCCAGACUACGGCCGGAUCCCACACCUCCUUCGUCGACAGCGUCUUCUUGCGCCGACCCGACCGGCCUUCAGAUCGUGCCGCGCGUUCCGACGUCGAUAACACAUUCAAGUUAAUGCAGCGUCGAGAGCACCAGAUGGAGAAGGAGCUGCAGAAACUGCUCGAUGCCCAAGGCGCUGCCCUGCAAAGAGAGCUCGAUGGGACCGACGCGGCCGCGAGCUUGCCUAAUGAUGCCCAACCAGGGCGAUCUCCAAGCUCGGCGACGUCGACUGCCCACUCCAAGCUUUCGGGAGCGUCUGUCGUCCCCGUACGUCAGCCAAAGAAGAAGCCCAUGUCCAAACGCCAGGCUCGCGUCGGUAUUGCUCGCUCUGUCACCAUGUUGGCGGAUCUGAAAAACGAGGAGGACGCCUACAUCGCCGCCGCGUUAGCCGAGCGCAAGACUGCCCUAUCGAAGCUGCGGAGCUUAUCGUCGCAGCGUUCCUCCAUCGCCGCUGAGAUGAGGGCAUUGGAAGAAGACCGCGAGCUCCCGAUCAGGGCCGAGAUAGCUACAAUGGAGGGGCAGCGCCAGGAAGUCUGUGCUAAUAUCGAUGUACUCGAGGAGAAACUCCGAAUAUUGAAAAGAACCAAGGCUGAACUGGAACGUAAGCUCGAGGAGGCUAAAAGCAUACGGGAUGCCAGCUUAAGCGGUUACAAGGGAGCACUGAGGCAGUGUGAUCAAGGGAUCGCAGACCUCAUGAAAUACCCAGGUAUACGGAUGUUGGAAGCCGACGAUAUCGAGAAGCAAACCGAAGAUACCGACACGCUCUUGUCUAAGCGUAUGUCUGGCUUCGAGUUCCUUUCGCUGCGGCCGGAGAGAAGAACAACUGAAAUGGCCAAGGACUGGUGGGAAGGCGAAGUCGCCGUCCUCGAGCAACGCAAGGCUGCCGUUGAUAAAGAACGCGCCGCACUGGAGGAGGGCAACGAGAUGUGGCAGCAGGUGGUUGAUCUCGUCAGCAAUUUUGAGGGCACGCUUCACGAUUCACUGCAGGUUGUCAUGAAGAAUUCCUCGGAAGUACCAAAUCCCGAUAUCGGCAAUCCAGAGUCUAUUUUGCAGGAGCAAUACGAAGCCAUCAGGAGGAUGCUGCGCGAGCUGAUAGCGCUGCACGACUACGCGGAGUCCAAGGGGUGGAAGCUCUUGAUUGCGGCCAUCGGUGCCGAGGUUGCGCAUUUCAUCGGGGUCAAGGACUUCUUGGCCGCCACUAUCCGCAGUGCCGGAUACGACGAUAGGUCGAUCACACCGGUACAUGCCAUCUCCAAACCGAGCGGGCCGGGCGGCGCUAGCGACCUGGUCGACGUACGCGAGAACGGCGGCGUCUUGAAAGAAUACAAGGACGAUCCGGAGGAGGACGAGGAGCUGAGCCGGAGCGUGGUUCGGCGCUGGGACGACAUCCACGACAACGCCGCCCCGGCCGUCCCGGCGGGCCGGGCCCGCAGCGCGUCCGCGGACCUGCUGGGCGCGAGCGACCGCGGCGACGAGAGCGACAACGAGGUGCCGCCGGGGCUCCUCGGCGAGGCCCUCGGCGACCGGUCGCGCGAGAGCGUCGAGGACGACGUGCCCAGCGUCAACGAGGUGCCCUCGGAGUUCCUGUCGAUGCACAGCCCGCCGCGGGGCAGGGACCGGGCGGCGGAGGGCUACGAGCGCCGCGCCCGCGUCCGCAGGGAGAGCAGCGUGACCGACAACGCGGUGCCGCCGGACCUGCUGGCCGAGAGCCGUCCUGCCGAGGACGGCGAUCCGGUCGACUAGACGUGGCUGCCGUACGCCUUCGCUGCUCGAAGCCGGGUCAAGGUGUAUUGGGUUUUGGAACUCGGACUUGGUUCGGCGUGCUGGCACGCUAGAGAAAGGGGGGGAACUAGGAAGGGGAAGGUUGGGCGUACAGGAGGCAUGGCAGGAGAAUCAUAGUUAAUGAUGGCGUUUUGGAUGGGGCAUCUAGGGUAGGGCGGAGUAUUAUUAGCUAUGGGGCCUUUGCGGGAGGCUGUCUUCGAACGGACACACACACACAAUCAUCUUGCUUAGGCUUAGAAAGGGCGAAAGCGUCCGCGUCUCUCGAAUAGCACUUUAGCACUCUUAUUAUUCAUUACGAUUACCCAUUA